UCUCCCUGGGCAACCUUCCCACCGGACUCCUGCUUCCACAAGAGCUCCAGGCUUCUCGGACAGGUGGAGUUCUACCCCUCAAGUCCAGAGUCCCCACCACCUUUUGGAAAGUUCCAGCUGCCCCUCCAGUCUGCAGUGAACACAUACCCCUCAGCUGGCCAGGGAGACCUCCCAGGGACGAGAGACACCAAGUCGGGUGGCGUCGGCAGCACAGGUGCCCAGGCGUGUGGCAACAUCAAGAGCCCAGGUAUGUGGUGGCAUCCGGCGUCCAGGUAGCACUGCAACAUCAGGUGCUGAGCAGUGAGGCAGCGUCAGUUGCCAACACCCGUAGACCAGCAGAAGUGUAUCUUGACCAUUCGCUCAAUUUUCUGCAAACAGCCGGGGCUGCCCCGCCUUGAGUGCUGCUCCUGACGGCUCUGCUUCCACAGAUGUCUGGCUCACUUCAAAGACAAUUGCCCUUCUUUCUAAAGAUGGAUUCACUGCUUAAAACAGACUUCUGUGAACCUUUUGGCAAGUCCUGAAGGUGGCACGCAGUGGAGACGUGGGUGGCUCUUCAAGCCUGCGUCUGGCAUGGAGCGGUCCCUGUCCCCGGGCGCUGCACAGACGGUGGCCCAGAACAGCACCUUCCCGUUGCUCAACCUGUCGCACGUGCUGGCGGGCACCACCCUGGCCAACCACUCAGGAGACCUCUCUGAGCACCAGCAGUAUGUGAUCGGCCUGUUCCUCUCGUGUCUCUACACCAUCUUCCUCUUCCCCAUUGGCUUUGUAGGUAACAUUUUGAUCCUGGUGGUUAACAUCAGCUUCCGGGAGAAGAUGACCAUUCCUGACCUCUACUUCAUCAACCUGGCGGCGGCGGACCUCAUCCUGGUGGCUGACUCCCUCAUCGAGGUGUUCAACCUGGACGAGCAGUACUAUGACAUCACUGUCCUGUGCACCUUCAUGUCCCUCUUCCUGCAGAUCAACAUGUACAGCAGCAUCUUCUUCCUCACGUGGAUGAGCUUUGAUCGGUACAUUGCCCUAGCCAGGGCCAUGCGCUCAGGCUUGUUCCGCACAAAACACCACGCCAGGCUGAGCUGCGGUCUCAUCUGGAUGGCCUCUGUCUCCGCCACCCUCGUGCCCUUCACGGCCGUGCACCUGCAGCACACCGAAGAGGUUUGCUUCUGCUUCGCUGACGUCAAGGAGGUACAGUGGCUGGAGGUCACCUUGGGCUUCAUCAUCCCCUUCGCCAUCAUUGGCCUCUGUUAUUCGCUCAUCAUCCGGGUUCUUGUCAAAGCCCACAGGCACCGAGGCCUGCGUCCCCGGCGGCAGAAGGCCCUACGAAUGAUCUUUGCCGUGGUUCUUGUCUUCUUCAUCUGCUGGCUGCCUGAGAACAUCUUCAUCAGCGUCCAUCUCCUCCAGCGCACACAGCCAGGGGCUGCACCCUGCAAGCAAUCUUUCCGCCAUGCAUACCCCUUAACCGGCCACAUUGUCAACCUUGCAGCUUUCUCCAACAGCUGCCUGAACCCGCUCAUCUACAGCUUCCUCGGGGAGACCUUCAGGGACAAACUGAGGCUGUACAUUGAGCAGAAGACAAACAUGUCAGCUCUGAACCGCUUCUGUCAUGCCGCGCUAAAGGCUGUCAUUCCAGACAGCACAGAACCAUCUGAUGUGAGGUUCAGCAGUGCAGUGUAGAGAUAACUGGGGCAGUGCCAGCAGAGCGCCAAGACUGUGUUCCCCACAGGACCACACACAUCCCAGGCUGCUGGGAGGAAGGAUUUAAGCCUUUCUGGGAUCAUGACCUUAGCACUCUGUGCCUC